GGAGGUUCGUCGACAGCCUUUUGUGUCCUUGAAUAGGCCUCGUCUGGCUGAAAGCAGGAUUAGGCCUUCGGGAACGCUAACGAAUAUCUGGACUUUAUGCUACACCAUCUGUAACUAUGGUGAAUAUUAUCCAACUUGCACGAGAACACUGGGCCUUAGCAUUGGUUCCCUUAGGAUUUGUGGUGGGAUGUUACUUUGACAGAAGGAAUGACGAGAAACUCUCACACUUCAGAAACAAGAGCAAGUUAUUUCAAAGGGAAUUGAGACCUGGUGAAGAAGUCACAUGGAAAUAAUGUGUGAAGUUAGAAAUGUGUCCAUACAAUUAAACUUGCUUAGAUAAGAAGUCUGUGAUUGUGUCCUCAAGUGUAACAA